UAUUAUUAGUCGAUAGGUUUUUACGUACCUUCAACCAUACAAUAUGCACUUCCGUUUUAAUGUCUUUCCUGUAAAUUUAGUAGUUCUAUUCAAUAAAUAUUUUGUAUAUAUAAAGUUUUUGAGCUGAUUUCAGCUGGUCUGAGAAACGCUUAUAAACAAGAUGUGGGGAAUUUUCUCUUUCACUUUUAAUUCAUGGUUCAUCAGGGAUUUGAUCAAAAUAAUGAUAUAACACACAUUUCAGAGAGUAUUCAUAAGAAAUUGACUGAUUUCGUGUUUGGCGCCCUUCUUAACAUACAAGACAUUUAUUCAUAAGGACCAGUUUAAUCUAUUGCUGACACAACAUCUUUCUGAUUGUCAAGUUGAGUGUUGAUGAAUUAUGAAUCUCUGUGAACCCCCACUUAAUAUUUUGACGGUAGCUUCGCCUCCCAAAACUUAAGUCUUGCCGACUUUUAACAAAAUGAAAAAAUCAACGCCAGUACAAAGUAUAAAUUCCUUGCCCAUUGGUUGGUCUGUGAACGACCUAGUCAAUUCUACUUUAGUCGUGCCAAAAAUCAUAGUGACAUCGGCUAGUUUUGAUAUAUUGCCAGAAAUUAAUGCGGAAAAUACCGUACCACGCGACCUACGACCUCUACGAGUAGCGGUGGCGACGGAAGAUCAUAAGCCAAUAGUCGCAGAUGGAACAGAAGUUGCAGAAGGUGUUGUCCCUGACGCGACGACUGGCAAUGAAGCGGCCGGGGUCACAAAUCUGCAGUACGAGUGGGUGGGGGAGCCUCUAGGUGGUGAACUCGCUCCAGACGGCGGAUGGAGCUGGCUGGUGCUGAUGGGGGCUGUCUUCAUGGCGUUGUCCCUGCUCAGCAUUGCACCCUGCUUCGGCGUGCUCUUCAACGACGUCAUGCAAGACCAAGGUGUGUCCUCCACCACCCUCGCUUGGGUGUUCAACAUCCACAUGUUCGUCUGGAACAUCACUUCAGUGUUGUGCGGGGCGCUAAUCAAGCAUUUCGGGUGGCGGGUUGUCGGUUGCACCGCCACUUUCCUGCUGGCUGUGUCUUUCAUUCUCAUGUCUUUGUCGAGGUCUCCGCUCUUCGUUUUCAUCAUGUUCGGUAUUCUAAUUGGAGGACUGGGUGGGACUUCGAUCAUGGUUUGUUUCCUCAUCCUGCCAGCCUACUUCCACAAGCGAAGGGGCAUGGCGAACUCACUUUUUUCUGCGGGCAUUCCCAUAGGCUACGUGAUUUUCCCGCUGUUGAUACGCUACCUGCAAGAAGAAUAUGGUUUCUCCGGAGCGGUCCUAAUACAUGGUGGACUACUGCUAAAUUGUACAGUGGCUUGUGCCUUAUUUCGACCUCUAAAGUCACCACAAGUCUUGUGUCGCAAGCGUGAAGUAAAUUCUCGCACCGAUGGUCAAAGAACUGAUCCUCUGCUGCUGCAGACGACCGACACGACAAAAACUAUCGUUCCAGAAACCGAGACAGGAGCACAAUCUUUGACAUUUUGUGAACUGUGCGCUGACAUUCUGAAAACAACUAACAUUAAUUUGAAGGGAAUGAAGAACCGAACUCUUUUGUUACUUUCAUUAAGUGUAGCUCUGUUUUUAGUUAGUACCAUGAACUACGUAUCCAUGCUGCCGUUUGCCAUGCGAGCCCACGGGUACUCUGCAAAUGAGGCAUCGUAUGCUGUGUCAUUGACUGGAAUCGGUAACAUAGCCGUACGAGUUUUGGUAGCUUGCAUAGCUGACUCCAAAUGGGUGAACCGCAAGUACGUCUACAUAACUGGACUGAUCAUCGUCAGCGUGUGUUCUUUCCUGACUCCAUUUCUAAUGGAUAGCUACUCGUACUUGAUGCCACUUUUCGUUGUGUGGGGCGUCGGCUUAGCAGCUUCGAGUUCCAUGUUCCUGGUGCUUCUCAUUGACAUGGUCGGCAUCAGCAACUAUGAGUCUGGCACCACAGUCAUUGUCUUCCUACUAGCCUUCAUCUCAAUCUCCGCUGGACCAGCAUUCGGUCACAUUCGCGACAAGACUUCAUCGUACACCUGGAGCCUGGUUGCAGUGGCGAUUGCGCAGGCUUCGUCUGCGUUGCUGUGGCUCUUCAUGCCGUGGGCGAUACGUCACACUAUGAAGGAGGCACGAGCCUCCAUCGUCUCGUCCAGGCGCAGCACUCGCAAUGCAUCUCAUCCUCGUUUGAGUCCGUUACCAUCAACACGAAAUCCCUCCAGACGAGAAUCUUACCCAGCUUUUCGGCAAAACUCUCAAUUUGCUUCAAGACGAGACUCUCAUCCUGCACAUAGACUAGACUCACGCCAAUCUCCUAAACUAGACUCAGAAUUUUCCGAUUCUAUUCUUCGCCUAUACGGAGCCAAUAAAAGCAGCAUGGUACCUGAAAGAGGAGCCUCAUCUGCAAGAGAGCCUGUCAGCGGCAUGACUACAACUUUAAUUCCCUCCGUAAUUCUUGGUAGCGAAGAAGCACCGCCAUCAAUUCAACAAAUGAGCUCGAUGAGAGAAAGUUAGACCUUUUUAUUGUUAUAGCAAUGAAACAUUCUUGUUAAUAUUAUUACAAUCACAAAAAAUCUUGAUGAAGACGAUCAACUUAGAAAUAUAAUGUACAUACUUUGUAUGAUAACAUGUAAUUUCCUUAGAAUAUAAUUUUAUUUGUAAUAAGUUUUAGUGCAGGUUCGUUGUUUCUAACUUAAUCCUCCUGCACGACGAGUUCACUUUUAUCAUACUUAAAUUUUUACAUUCAUUCAAACUUCUGAAAACCGAAUUUCGAUUUCAGAAAGUCAGGCUUAUAGAAGACGGGCUCUUAAAGUUCUGAGAAUUUCUUCGCGCUAGCAUCACAGCAGAAUUUGCCAUAAACCCAGACUUGAGACGAACUGCUCCUUUGUCGUAUUCGUCACCAGCAGCUGAGCGUUGUUCGGAUUCGCUGUCUUCUGAUUCCAAGUCCCCAAACUUUUCUCGGUCGUGCAUCCUAGCGAGCGGCAUAAACAGCCACAGCAAGGCGCAGCACAACUCAAAUGUCGCUGCCAUGGCAAUGCUAACUCCAUACGAAGUGUAGUCUGCCGCCAGUCCUGUUACAUGAAAGUAUGAGCUCACACAUACGACUGAACAAAUCUCCUUCAGCGUACGGAAUAAAACGCUACACGGCACACAUAUUAAGCCCCAAAACGAACUAGAAAACGCGCUUGAAAUGCACAUAUUAUUGUUCAAGGCCACUAAAUCCAAAAGCCUAUAUCACCCAGAUUUACUCUCUCCAACCCGACCAUAAAAACAUUCCUGCAGCACGCAGCAAACAUGGCUAAAACAACACUCCUGCAGCAAGCAGCAAACAUGGCUAAAACAACACUCCUGCAGCACGCAGCAAACAUGGCUAAAACAACACUCCUGCGGCAAGCAGCAAACAUGGCUAAAACAACACUCCUGCGGCACGCAGCAAACAUGGCUAAAACAACACUCCUGCGGCAAGCAGCAAACAAGGCUAAAACAACACUCCUGCAGCACGCAGCAAUCAUGGCCAAAACUAACUUUAAAACAGUACUAAAAUAAUGCACCAAAGUAAUAGGAUUAAACUUGAUACUUUAACUCAUCUCAGCAACAUCAUCAUGAAAUCACAAUUUAAUCGCUCCGCAAUUAUGAUAAACCCUCGUUAUAUUUGCUUCACUAAGUUCUGAACAUGAACGCACAAAGAUACCGGUUGUCUGACUAAUAUUCUUAGUUACUAAAGAUUCUUGUCUACGACUUGACGUACCACACUUUGCAAAUGACACAUUCAACUAAUUUUAGCGCCUAAAUUGGCUUACAUUAUAAUUUAUCUAAGUCGUGGAUUUCUAUAAUUCACAAUUGCAGGUGUAAAACAUACCGAUUAUUGGUCCGGUCACGAUGGAGAUGAAGGCGAGCAGCAGCCCCGUGACCGCCACGCCGGCGUUGUAGAGGGACAGGCCGCACGUGUCGAUCAUGAGGCUAUGGAAGACGCUCAGUAUCGCACCGAUGCCAACACCCCAGAUUACUUGGCACGCCAUUAUCCACCGCACGUCGUGUAGGAAAUAAACUGUCGCUGUAAAUUAUAAUCAAUAGAAACAAAAAUAUAUUAGAAAUAUAUUGAUUUAUAUGCAGCACAAAACAAGGGAUGAAUUGAACUUGUGCAGAAAAUCGGAAGGAACAAAUGCCCACUCAAAACUUUCAAACAAUAGUACAGUACUUAUCAUUCAAGGCAUUUCAAUAAGAGCUAGAGGAAAAAUUAUUAAUCAUAAUUAUUAUUAUUCAUAGAUGCAGAAAACAUUUAAUAGGAAUAAAUUAUAAACCAGAAUUCUUCACAAUUCGCAAUGAACAUAGACAAAAAAUUCGUCUUGUCAUCCAUCUUUGCCAAAUUUAUAUUAUUUUAGGCUAACAAAUCUAGAACCAACCAAAUUUAGCUACCAAAUGUUGCGAGCGCGGAAGAGGAGGAGCCGAAAAAGUAACUUGUUUUGCGGUUGAACCAAGCUUUGUCGGAGAAACAGCUGACGAAAAUUCGAGUAGCAGUGUUGGCGACGGCCCCUGCGGACACACAGUACGACGCCAUCGACGGAGCGUGUCCAUGAGUUGCCAUUGCGAACGGCAACAGAGCCAUGAAGUUUUGGUAUCCAAUGAUCAGAAAUGAAAAGCUCAGGGUCAUGAUUAAAAGCUUCAAAUGCUGCAGCUUCUUUGCUCGGCUCCAUGUUAUUUUCAUGAUUUCUUGUGUCGUCUCAAUUGCAGACAUUCCUCGGCCGUCGGGCUCAGUCUCACCAUUAUUAUCGUUAUUAUUCAAAAUUUGCGACAACAUAGGAGUCCGUACUUUUUUAUUAACUACUGAAUCGUAUAGUGCAUCUCCUCUAAUAAUAGGUCUUUCGGGCACGGGGUAGUAUAACAAGCUUAGAACGGCACAAUUUAAGACUAAACCGCCAAAUAUCAGACAGGCUCCAGGGAAUCCGUACUCGUCUAGUAAGAACCUCAACAGCAGAGGAAGGAUCAUCUGACCCGAUGAUACCCCGGUGAUGAUAAUGGCCGCCGCGCGACCUCUGUGAUCCUCGAAAUAGUGAGGCAGGGUCAGAUAUCCGACGAUGGAAGUCAGACCCCCGCUGCAACCUGUCGAGAUGGAUAGUAUAAA